UUUAAAUUUAAUAGAAAAUAGGUCAAGAUGGAUGUGAAUCAGGAGAAGUUCUUACUUCCUAUCCCAGAAAAGGCAACUGAAGAGCCUCAGCUUAGUUUGAAUCUUCAAGCAAAAAGAAAGUGCAAAGAAGAGCUAAAGACUAUAAAAGGAGAUAUGCCUCAAAAUUUUCUAGGAUCUCUUCCAUUGGGGCCUAUGCUUCCGAGAAAACCAAGGACCUCUAGUACAAGCAGAGAAUUGCCAAAGGAUAGAAAAGAGAGGAACAAAAUCUUUGCUAAAGAGAGUAGAAAUCGCAAGAAUAACUACAUUAAAGAGCUUGAACAGAAGAUAGAUUUCCUUGAGAACAAAGUCAUGAAACUUUCCAUGGAGCUUGACCAGUACAAACACCUUCUCAAAGUCUCGGAUAUCACUAAGGAUAAAGACUCCCAGCUAGAGACUGUUCUGAGAGAUUUCAAGGAAACAGAGGCGUAUUUUAAGGAAAAGCUGAAUGAAUGUAGCAACCCUGAGAAUAUGUGUAUAGAGCAAUGGAGUAGGAUUAUGGAUAGUGUUGGCACAAAUAUUGGACCUAUUGGGACAGUCAGAAGAAAACUACUCAAAACUGCCUUUAAGUUGAUCAUUAAAUGAGCAAUGCCUCAACAAGUUGGGUACUUAUGCUAUAUUACUCAGUUUGAAGAGAAAGCUUCAAAAAGAGAGCAUACUUAUAUGAAAAAGUUAUCAAGACAAGAAAUAUUGCAUUACUCGAAGGAAAAAGGAUUCUCACCUCUUGAUACAAUGUAUGCCUUGUUGCGCUUGGAUAAGAAGGAAUUAGAGUAUAUGAGAAGGAGCAGCCCAAUAUGGCAAGGACUUCUUAUCAAGACUAAAGAAGUUAUUAGAAACUUACUUAGAUGCAGAAAUGAAAUGUACGAAAUAGCUCUCAAACUAGAUGACCAAGCGAUGGAUAUCUACAAGCUUCAAAGACCAGAAACAGUAGCUUCAUUCUACAUAAACUUCUACAGAGAGCUGUCCUGCUCUCAGGUAUCCAUCUUCGAUAUCUACGGGUUGAAGAGGAAGAAGUACAUCUUCAACCAAGAUGUAGAGAAUGAGGUCUACGCCCUCACUGAUUCUGAUGAUGAGUAGUAAUUCAAAAGAAUUUCAAGCUUUGAA